GCGGAGGUGCCGGAGGCGGCGGCGGCGCAGCCGGGCCUGCGCCGGGCUCGGGGUCGGGCGGCGGCGCGGCCGCGGGCGAGUCGUGGUACCUGGCGCUGCUGGGCCUGGCCGAGCAUUUCCGCACGUCCAGCCCGCCCAAGGUGCGGCUGUGCGUGCACUGCCUGCAGGCCGUGCUGCCCCGCAAGCCCCCGGCCCGCAUGGAGGCCCGCACGCACCUCCAGCUCGGCUCCGUCCUCUACCACCACACCCGCAACGGCGACCAGGCCCGCGGGCACCUGGAGAAGGCGUGGCUGAUAUCCCAGCAGAUCCCCCAGUUUGAAGAUGUGAAGUUUGAGGCAGCCAGUUUGCUGUCAGAGCUCUACUGCCAGGAGAAUUCCGUGGACACGGCCAAGCCCCUGCUGCGCAAAGCCAUCCAGAUCUCCCAGCAGACUCCCUACUGGCACUGCAGGCUGCUCUUCCAGCUGGCUCAACUCCACACGCUGGAGAAGGAUUUGGUGUCAGCCUGUGACCUGCUGGGCGUGGGGGCGGAGUACGCGCGCGUGGUGGGCUCCGAGUACACCAGAGCCCUCUUUCUACUCAGCAAGGGGAUGCUGCUGCUGAUGGAGAGGAAGCUGCAGGAGGUUCACCCGCUGCUGACGCUGUGUGGGCAGAUCGUGGAGAACUGGCAGGGCAACCCCAUCCAGAAGGAAUCCCUCAGGGUCUUCUUCCUGGUCCUGCAGGUCACACAUUACCUGGAUGCCGGCCAGGUGAAGAGCGUGAAGCCGUGCCUGAAGCAGCUGCAGCAGUGCAUCCAAACCAUCUCCACCCUGCACGACGACGAGAUCCUGCCCAGCAACCCCGCCGACCUCUUCCACUGGCUGCCCAAGGAGCACAUGUGUGUGCUGGUCUACCUGGUGACAGUGAUGCAUUCCAUGCAGGCAGGCUACCUGGAGAAGGCUCAGAAGUACACGGACAAAGCCCUCAUGCAGCUGGAGAAGCUCAAAAUGCUGGACUGCAGCCCCAUCCUGUCCUCAUUCCAAGUGAUUUUGUUGGAACACAUCAUCAUGUGCAGGCUGGUGACAGGACACAAAGCCACAGCCCUGCAGGAGAUUUCCCAGGUCUGCCAGCUGUGCCAGCAGUCUCCCAGGCUCUUCUCCAACCACGCUGCCCAGCUGCACACGCUCCUGGGUCUGUACUGCAUCUCUGUCAACUGCAUGGACAAUGCAGAAGCACAAUUCACUACAGCACUGAGGCUCACAACGCACCAGGAGCUGUGGGCAUUUAUUGUCACCAACCUGGCCAGCGUCUACAUCCGGGAGGGGAAUCGGCACCAGGAGCUCUACAGUUUAUUGGAAAGGAUAAAUCCCGACCACAACUUCCCUGUGAGUUCCCACUGUCUGCGGGCUGCAGCGUUCUACAUCCGAGGGCUCUUCUCCUUUUUCCAGGGAAGAUACAACGAGGCCAAGCGUUUUUUGCGGGAGACGCUGAAGAUGUCGAACGCCGAGGACCUGAACCGCCUGACGGCGUGCUCGCUGGUGCUGCUGGGCCACAUCUUCUACGUGCUGGGCAACCACAGGGAAAGCAACAACAUGGUGGUGCCAGCCAUGCAGCUGGCCAGCAAGAUCCCAGACAUGUCCGUGCAGCUCUGGUCCUCCGCCCUGCUCCGGGACCUGAACAAGGCGUGUGGCAAUGCCAUGGAUGCCCACGAGGCCGCCCAGAUGCACCAGAACUUCUCCCAGCAGCUGCUCCAGGACCACAUCGAGGCCUGCAGCCUCCCCGAGCACAACCUGAUCACGUGGACGGAUGGACCCCCCCCAGUCCAGUUCCAGGCCCAGAACGGCCCCACCACCAGCCUGGCCAGUCUGCUGUGAAUUCCAGGAAAAUUCCAGGAAAAUUCCAGGAAAACUCCAGGAAAACUCCAGGAUAUCCACCAACAACAUCCCGGGACGGGAAGGAAAAAAAAAAAAAAAAAAAAAGGCAUCAAAAACUUGGGAAAAGAAACAAAAAAAAAUUCCACGGAAAAGCUUCAGAAUUCCCUCUGGUAGUGAAAAAAACCCAGGAAUUUUCCAGGGAUUCCCAGAGCCUCCGGAGCUGCUUUUCCAGGUGGGAAUAUCCAGGUGAAUCCCAAGGUUGGAUCCUGGAGGGAAUUGCCAGGAAAAGCUGGGAAUCCUCAGGGAUAAGGGGAUGAGGAAAUCAUGGAUUGGAUUCCCAGCUGGAAUUCCCCGAGUGGAAAUUCCCAUUUUUUUGGGAAGGAGGAAUUCCAGGAUUUCCUGGGACGUCCCUCCCUGCAGCCACAGCUCUCCCCAUGCUUUUGGGAUUGGGAAAAAUCCGGAGUUUUCCUGCUGAUCCCAAAUUUUUCCAAGCUGAAGGCACCACCUGUGCCUUAAGAAUUCCCAAAUCCUGGGAAUAAAUCCCAAUCCUGAGGUUUGGGAUGGAAUUCCAGCCUUGCCCUUGGCACAAAAUUCCUUUUUCCAGGUUAAAUUCCCUGGUUUUAACCCAGUUUUUUUUUGAUUUCCCAGAAAUCUGGGAAUGCUGCAUCCCAGAAAAAAGCUGGAAGUUUUUCCAGGAUCCCAGCAGUGCCUGGGGUGAAACUGAGUUGUUUUUCCCAGUUGGAAUUUCUCCAGAUUUCUGGGAAAGGGGGUGGGAAAAAACCUCUGGAAUUCUUGGAGAGAGGAAAACCAAAGCCCUGGAACUGCCAGAGAUUUUUGGGAAUUUUUAGUCCCACCUGGAUAGGAAAGAACCUUAAAAUUCCCUUAAAAUUCCCUCAUUCCCUUUCCUUCCCAAAUCCCAUCUUUUUCCAGAGCAAGGAAUUUUUUCCACCUAAAUUCCUCAAUUUUUUUCCUCUGGAAUUCAGGGAUGAGGUUUUUGUUUUUGGUUGUUUUUUGUUUUUUUUUUUGGUCCCAUUCCCAAAAAUUUGCAUUUUCCAUUUUUUUUCUGUGGAAAUCCUGGUCCUAAAUCUGCAAAGGACCUGGAAAUCCCUGGAAGUUUUGGGAAUUGGGAUUUUUUAUUCUGGAUUUUUUUUUUUUGUUUUUUUUUUUUUUUUUUUUGGUCCCAUUCCCAAAAAUUUGCAUUUUCCAUUUUUUUUCUGUGGAAAUCCUGGUCCUAAAUCUGCAAAGGACCUGGAAAUCCCUGGAAGUUUUGGGAAUUGGGAUUUUUUAUUCUGGAUUUUUUUUGGGGGGGGAUUAAGGAAAACCCUCAGUGCCAUUUGAACUGAAAAAAACAGGGGAAAAAAUCCCCCAAAAUUCCCAAAUCCAUGGAUUUUCCAGCC